GCCGCCGAACACAAGGAGCACUGCUCGACAAAACACAACACCAUGGUCGCAGCGGCGCCAGGACGACGACGAAGCGCUGCGGCGUGACAGACAUAACGACGAGGCAGUAGCCCCCAGGACACAACCAUGUCGGGCCUCGGGCUCCUGGGCAAGCUCAAGCAGCGGCGGGGCGACGCCAAGCUCGAGUACGAAUGGGGCUCGUCGAAAGUUUUGCAGACGCUGGAUUUGGACAAGUUGCCGCGGGCGGCGUUACGAAGUCACUUGGACGCGCGAGACCUCGAGACCGGUGGGACCAAAAGGGCCAUGGUCAAGCGCCUCCAAGCCGAUCUGGAGGGCGAGCGACUGCAGGCCACGGCCUACACGGAGCAAUUGGAGUCGGAAUUUCACAUCAACAAAGAUAUAGAAGAGCGAGGUUCAGUGUAUGCGUGCGGCACGAAUUAUGCAGGGCAAUUAGGACAGGGCGACACGGAGCCUCGCAGUGUCUUCACGGCGGUCCAGAAGACGCGAGGCAUUGGCGUGGUCCGCGUCGCGACGAACGCGGACAUGGUGUACGCGGUGACAGCCGACCACGAGGUCCUGGUCUGGGGCGGCUCCGGUGCGGGCUCCACGGGAAUCCACGUCGACGCCGACGACGAGUGGGCCAAGGAGAUGUACAUGGAGCCGCAAUUUGUUACUGAGUUACAGGGUGAGGAGGCGACGUCGUGCUCCGUCGGUGCGAGUCAUGCUGCUGUGUGCACUUCUGGUGGCGAUGUGUUUGUCUGGGGCCACAACCUGGCAGGCCAACUCGGUUUAACAGAUUUUCAAAAAAGACCACUCCCGACCAUACUGACCUAUUUCGAAACCGAUGAUGACAUAAGGGUGAGGCAGAUGGAGUGCGGCGAGAACCACUGCUGCUGUUUGACGACGGCGGGGGCCGUGUAUAGUUGGGGUCACGUCGAUAGUGGGCGGUUAGGAUUGGGUGUGAAGGAGCGGUUCGGCGCUCGAGCGGAAGAGAAAUUGUAUUUCCCCGCUCCUACCGUUGUGAGUGGUCUAUCCGCCGAGCCGAUCAUUGAAGUAAGCUGUGGAGCAGCACAUACAUUAGCAUUGUCGGAGGAGGGCAAGGUCUUCUCGUGGGGGUUGGGCGCGGGCGGGCGGUUGGGCCUCGGUGAUUUCCACUCGCGGAUCGAACCGUACGAGGUCACAGCCUUGUCGAACAAGUGCGUCAUGCAAGUUGCUGCCGCUACUUGGCAUAGCGCCGCUGUUGUGUGCGUGCCGCCCAUGCAGGGUUCGGGCUGGGUCUACACCUGGGGGAGCGGCUACCACGGCCAAUUAGCACAUGGGCGGACCCAGGUCCAGACCACACCUACGGUAGUAGAAGCUUUGAGAAGUAGAAACUUGUCAGCGGUCUCGAUCAGACUCGGCAGUCACCACAGCGCGAUGAUCGCGAUGGACGGCGAGCUCUACACGUGGGGCUCGAAUCUCCAUGGUUGUCUGGGCCACGCUAUUAGGGAUCAAUUCGUCGAGCACACGGCGGACCCGGGCCACGCUUCGGGGUUUGGGGCCAUCGUGGAAAGGGUGGGUCGAGGCAUGGUGCGCGACUACGCGCUCGGGCGGGAGUUUACGAUCGUCGCGACGUACCCGUAUGAAGGGCCCACGGAGGACGUCGCGAGGAAGCUCAUGGAGGAGGAGGCUAUUAGGUUAGAUAUGUUGGCAUUGGAGGACGAGCAGGACGCCGCGACGCUGCGCGGAUCGCAAGCGGGGACCCAGGACGACGGCACGCUCGCGACGGGCGAGGACGACAUGACCAUGGACGACGAGUCCAUCAUGAGCGGCGGCGGCGGCCGCGGCGGGCCGGCGGGCAUUUUGGACAAGGGCAUGGCCGCCCAGAAGAGUAGAAAAUAACAAC